UCUGAGCGGGAGAGAGAAAGCUUUUAACCGUCCGGCCUUCGGUCCGCCUUGUUUCUGUCAGGGCUGCGUAACUGUCACCGCCGUUGCUUCAGGCGGCCGUCCGGGGAGGCAGAAGAGUCAUGGCCGCUCGCAGGAAGUCCCGCGGGCCCGUGGAACAGCCGAAGAGGCGUUCCCUGCGGCUGGCGAAGGGCAGUUUCCGUGAUUAUCAAAAAUCCAGUGCUCUGGAUAUGGUGACACCUCGAACUUUAUUCCGGAAAGUCUUGCAGACCCAACCAGUAGUUUCCCCUCUUGUUCCUGAAAAAACUGAUUCCCCCAAACCAGUGGAGACCGUAUUCCAGUUUCCUUCUGUAUUUCCUUCAAGGAAAGCUAAUGAUAGCGACCUAGAUAUAAGUUUGACUGUCCCUAUUCCUGAAGAGACAUUUCGGCCUAAUCUGCUCAAACGUGGGAAUUCAAAGAAAGUCAGGCUGUCUGAGUUUGAGAGAGCUGUGGAUAAGCACCUCCCAUCUACUACAGCUACGUCAUUCUUGGACAACACAUCUCUGACUAGAUCUCUUCAGGUCACUCUUGGAACCCCAGUAACACCGACACCUGAUUUAAAAAGAGGCUUAAUCCGUAGGCGUAAGAGUUUCAAAGGCAUUAACCUGACAACUUUUGAAGGAGGAAUGGAACAAAACUUAAUGCAAAUAAAAGACUCGAAAAACCACCAUGUGGACUUGCAAGUUUCAGUUCUGUCAGAUGCUUCAGCCAACACAGAACUCUUUGUCCAGCCUCAGCUCAGUGGCCAAAGCAGGGUAGGGGUUCCUGUUCUCCCAUCUCAGCCUACCUCUCCCAGAAAAUCUUUAUCCCAAAGGACUGUGCUAUCCUCUGCCAAAGACCUAAAGACACCACAGCAAUGUGCAGAGUCUGAUAUAGAUGCUGACAUGACUUCGCAGGACCAAGAAGACAUUUUGAUGCCAAGGACUGAAUAUAUUGAUGGCACAGAAGGUAUGCCUGAAGGAAAAGUGGGUAGUCCAAGGGAAGAACAACAAGAGAGUGAGCUGGCCGAUGAGGGAGGAAUGAUAGGCAAUAACCUGAAAGAGACAUUAACACCAGGCACUGAACAAACUACUGAGAUGGAUAUUGUGCCCCAGCAAAGGACACUGUCUCUGGGGAGAAAGCAUCAAGAAGGCCUGCAUGGAGACUAUCUCAUGGAACUUCAAGAAGGCCUUCGCGGAGACCUUCUCAUGGAGCCUGAAGAGAGCCUGCACGGACACCAUCUCAUGAAGCUUCAAGAGGGCCUGCAUGAAGACCCUCUCAUGGAGCUUCAAGAAGGCCUUCAUGGAGACCUUCUCAUGGAGCCUGAAGAGAGCCUGCACGGACACCAUCUCAUGGAGUUUCAAGAGGGCCUGCACGAAGACCAUCUCAUGGAGCUUCAAGAGAGCCUGCCCAGAAACCGUCUCAUUGAGCUUCAAGAGAGUCUGCACGGACACCAUCUCAUGGAGGUGCAUUCAAGUCCUGGAGAGCAUCUGUUGAGUGAUAUUUCAACACCUGUUGAUACCGAACUUCCAGCUUCACCCGCAGGUGGCCUGCAUGCCUUUCUGCAGUACAAGCCUGCCAAGCACUCAGUGAAAGAAAUGGUGGAGCACAUAAUCGAGGAGCUGGACAGAACCAUCACUCCGCAUGUGGUGGAUCAGGGUGCAUCGGAAGCUGACCUGGAAGAAGAGCCUUCCUCCAGCAAAGGGGCUACUCGGCUCUCUCAAAGGACUGAAGCUAGGACUCCAAAGAGGAGUGUCAGCAGACCGGAGGCUGAGCAGUUAGAGAGCGAAACUGUGGGCGAGGGGAUUCAGCAGUCUGCUGGUGGAAGUAAACCAAGAGAAGCGUCAGACCUGGAAAGUGAAGCAGAUUUGCUGUCCGACAUUGAAUCCGAAGUUGAGGAUGUGUCAGAGGCUGGAACAGACUCUGAGAAUAAUGAGCCACCUGUGAAGACGCCAGCCUUUGUGCGUGCAAAAGCCUUCCAGUGUUCCCCAUUGCUGUCCAGUCCACGCACUCUGAAUGCAGCUGCCUCCAAGCCUGCUUCUGAAGAGCUGCCAAAGGACCAAGUUCCAAGAGAAUCCAAGAAGGCACGCAGAGAGAAAAAAUGUCAGCUGGGACUCUCCAGCAGCUGGGUGAAAAAGAUGUUCAGUCAUUAUGCAAGGAUGCCAGUGGCCAAGGAUGCUUUUCAGGCUGUGGAGAGGUGUGUCAGCAUGUACUUCAAGCGUCUGUGUGACGACCUGGAAGCCUACACAGAUCAUGCUAGAAGGAAAACAGUCUUGUUGGCCGACAUGGAGCUUCUCAUGAGAAGGCAAGGGCUGGUAACUGACAAGAUUCCUUUAAAUGUCCUGAUAGAGCAUCACUUACCACUGGAAUAUCGGAAGUUGCUCAUUCCUGUUGCUACCAGUGGAAACAAAGUCGUCCCACACAACAUACGAUGAGAUUUUGGCGAAGAGUCUGAUAUUAGAGGCAGAUCAGACCCCAUUUAGUGAAUGAAAUGCAGGUGAGAACCAACUUGGAGAUGGGAAUCGGUGUCAGCAGAGCACUACCAGCAAACUUGGCUAUACUUAGAGAUGUUGAAAAACCUCAGCUUUGUGAGUAAUUUCUGUGACUUCUGUUGUGUAUACCUCGAGAUCUGUGCUACACAAGCCAUUUCCUUUGCUUACCUGUACUGUGGUUGUAAAUAAAAUGUUGUUUUGUAGAGCA